AUGGCCCAUCUCUACCCACACCUCCGUCUGCACCAGGUGUUUGGAGCUAACACCGAUGUCGGCAAGACCAUCUUCACCACCGCCCUCUGCUUAGCCUCUUCCGCCCUGCCACUCUCCUCCAGCAAGGGAGAUGCGCCACCACGGGAUGUGUUCUCCGCACAAGGUCAGGGCGAGCAAGUGCACUACCUGAAGCCGGUUUCAACUGGGGCGCUGGAUGAUUCGGACGACGCGCACGUGUCGAGGUAUGCGGAGCGGGUCAAGUAUAGAACGCUGUACAGGUUUAGUGAGCCGGUGAGUCCGCAUCUGGCGGUGGAGUUGGAGAGGAGGGCGAAGAGGGCGGAGAAGGAGGUGGGCGAGGGAGCGGGUGCGCCGAGCGAGGAGGAUUUCGUCAGGGAUGUAGGGGAUUGGAUCCAUGCUGCUGCACGAGCAGAAGAGGGAAAAGCGGGAGUGGCGUAUGUGGAGACGGCGGGUGGGGUUCAUUCCCCCGGACCUUCAGGGCUGUCGCAAUCGCAUCUGUUGAGACCGUUGAGGCUGCCGACAAUCCUCAUCGGGUCGGCAGAGUUGGGCGGGAUCAGCACGACGAGGUCUGCGUUCGAGUCGCUGUUGGUCGCGGGGUACGAUGUGGAUGCCGUGCUGCUGUUCCCUAGUCCAAGGUAUGGGAACGUAGAGUACCUGACAAAGUUCUUCGCCGAGGAGCAUGGCAUCCCGGUGUUUGGCUUGGGAGGAGUUAGAGAGGACGGUGAAUACGGCCCGCCUCCCGUCAAAAACGCGGACAGCGCAGCGGACAAACUCGCCAUGACCCACUUCUACCGCACCCUCGUCCACGGCCACCCCUCACCCCCCACACCCGAACACACCCCCGGAGGCCUCUACAAUGUCAUCCGCCACCUCCGCUCCCAGCACACCUCGCGCAUCGCCUCCCUUUCCACCUACGCCCAACGCACCCGCGACACCUGCUGGUGGCCCUUCACCCAACACCAACUCACUCGCACCAACCAUGACGUGAACGUCAUCGACAGCGCCCACGGCGACUUUUUCAGCAUGCUCGAUCAACGUCCGGGCGAGGAGAAGAGUUUGCUCCAACCGGUGUUGGAUGGGAGUGCGAGCUGGUGGACGCAGUGUCUGGGACAUGCACCGCAGAGGUUGGUGAUGGCGGCGGCCAAGGCGGGCGGUAGGUAUGGACAUGUCUUGUUCCCGAACGGUACGCACGAGCCUGCGCUGCUGCUGUCGGAGUUGCUCACAGGGAAGAAUUUGAAGGAAAAGCCGUCGCUGGAGACGAAUCCGGGGUAUGGAUGGGCCGACAGGGUGUUCUUCUCGGACGACGGAAGUACGGGAAUGGAGGUGGCCCUCAAGAUGGCGGUGCAAGCAUCGAUCCAACGAUACUCCACGCAGGUGGCUUCGUCCGAAAAGGCUGCGCAGAAGGCCAAGCCGGGUCAACAGGCUGGAUAUCGAGCGGGCAAACCGAAACAGGAGUGGGAAGUGCUGGGUCUCAAGGGAAGCUACCACGGAGACACGAUCGGUGCGAUGGAUGCGUGCGAACCGUCGGUGUACAGCGAGGCGGUGCAUUGGUACCGCGGAAGAGGGUUUUGGUUCGAUGCUCCGACGGUGGAAGUGCGCGCUGGUGGCAAAGUCGCUGUCAGUCUGGCCGUGGAAGAUAAAGAUUUGGCCGACAGGAUGCGUCAACGACACCUGCCGAAGCACCUCUCCACAUCCAGCAGCAGCGACAAGUUGAUCUUCGAAAACUCGUAUGCCAACAUGCAAGAAGUGUACGACGUCGACGCACGACUACGCAACAACGACCCGCUCGUCGAGUUCUACCGAUCUUCGAUCCGCGAUCAACUGGAACAGCUCACGGUGCAGCAGCAGCGCAGGUUCGGAGCACUGGUGCUGGAGCCGCUGGUGAUGGGUGCGGGUGGGAUGAUCUUUGUCGACCCACUCUUCCAACGCGUUCUCAUCGAUACAUGUCGUCAGAGCGAGGAUCUCUUCUCGCUCUCCGACGCGCCGCUGACUCCUCCACCGACCGCGAACCCCACCACCCGCAACAGGGCGGAAGGAGACUGGCAAGGCAUCCCCGUGAUCUUCGACGAAGUGUUCGCCGGUCUCUACCGUCUCGGCGUCUGCACACCAGCAACGACCCUCGGUGUGACGCCCGACAUCUCGGUCCUCGCCAAGAUCCUGACGGGUGGAAUGGUACCCAUGUCGGUCACCCUGGCGUCCAGCUCGAUCUUCAAGGUGUUCAACCAGAGCGAUAGCAAAGUCGACGCUCUUCUGCACGGACACAGCUACACGGCCCAUCCCAUCGGCUGCGCUGUUGCGCUCGAGACGCUCAAAGCGAUCUCCGAGCUGAAGCAAGGCCAGGACUGGCAGAGAUGUCGAUCCGACUGGUCCUCCACCCUAAACGGAGUAUGGUCUUUCUGGAGCAAAUCCGCGGUGGCGAAAUUGGCGGAACUGCCCAACGUAGAUCACGCGAUUGCCAUGGGCUGCGUUCUCAAGGUCGCAUUGAAGGACGGGAGUGGAGCAGGUGGGUAUACGAGCACGGCGUCGGUGGAGUUGGUGAAGAAGUUGAGGUUUGGAGAGAACGCGACGCAGGGACAUCCGAGCAUUCCGGUGAAGGGUCAGGAGGAGGGCAAGUUGCCGUACAACGUGCACGCUAGGCCGUUGGGGAACGUGAUCUAUCUCAUGUCGUCGUUGAACUCGCCGGAGAAGGUGUUGCGCUCGGCGGAGGAGAUGCUGCUCAAGGCGAUUGGAGAGGAAGCGGAGUUGUAG